GGAAAGGCAGAAACCCUUUAGAGCAGCAGCAGCAGCAGCAGCAGCAGCAACAGCCACCGCCGCCUCAAGUUUUUCCUUUCCGAUUUUCUAACGUUUUCAUUCUUCUUCCAAUUCGUGGCGAUCCUCCUCAUUUCUUCGAGGACUCUCGGAAUUCACAUAGUCCAAGCCUGUUUCCCGCCGGCGCCACCUUCUUAACUGUAAGAAUGGCGCAAUCACUUGAAUUGCUGUUGAUCCAAUUCUUGAUGCCGGACAACGAUGCGCGGAGACAGGCUGAGGAGCAGAUAAAGAGGCUGGCCAAGGAUCCACAGGUGGUGCCAGCUCUCGUUCAGCACCUCCGUACAGCCAAAACCCCCAAUGUUCGCCAGCUGGCCGCCGUACUCCUCCGCAAGAAGAUAACCGGACACUGGACCAAGCUGUCUCCCCACAUCAAGCAGCUAGUCAAGCAGUCCCUCUUAGAGAGUAUCACCAUGGAGCACAGUCCACCUGUGAGGCGAGCCAGUGCCAAUGUAGUGAGUAUCAUAGCGAAAUAUGCAGUUCCUGCUGGAGAGUGGCCUGAUCUGCUGCCCUUUCUCUUCCAGUGUAGUCAGAGUGCACAAGAGGAGCAUAGAGAAGUGGCAUUGAUCCUAUUCAGUUCAUUGACUGAGACAAUUGGGAGCACAUUUCGACCCCAUUUCAUGGAUUUGCAAGCUCUUUUGCUGAAAUGCCUACAGGAUGAGACAAGUAACCGUGUUAGGGUCGCUGCUCUCAAGGCAGUUGGGUCUUUUCUUGAAUUCACAAAUGAUGGUGCUGAAGUGGUUAAGUUUCGGGAGUUCAUACCCAGCAUUUUAAAUGUAUCAAGACAAUGUCUUCAAGUAGGCGAGGAGGAUGUUGCCAUACUUGCUUUUGAAAUUUUUGAUGAACUUAUUGAGUCCCCUGCACCUCUUCUUGGGGAUUCAGUUAAAUCCAUUGUGCAGUUCUCUCUUGAAGUUUGCUCAAGUCAAAAUUUGGAAUCAAACACACGCCAUCAGGCUAUUCAGAUUAUUUCAUGGCUGGCAAAGUACAAAGCUAAUUCCCUAAAAAAGUAUAAGUUGGUCAUCCCUAUUCUGCAAGUUAUGUGUCCAUUGCUUGCAGAAUCAACCAAUGAAGAUGAAGAUGAUGAUCUUGCUCCUGAUCGAGCUGCUGCUGAAGUUAUUGAUACAAUGGCUUUGAACCUCUCAAAGCAUAUCUUCCAUCCUGUUCUUGAGUUUGCUUCGUCAAGCAGUCAAAAUGCAAAUCCAAAAUUCAGGGAGGCCUCUGUUACAGCUCUUGGUGUUGUUUCAGAGGGUUGUGCUGAGUUGAUGAAGGAUAACUUGAAGUCUGUUCUUGAUAUUGUCCAUGGGACAUUGCGGGAUCCAGAGCAAAUGGUUAGAGGGGCUGCAUCAUUUGCAUUGGGUCAAUUUGCAGAGCAUCUGCAGCCUGAUAUCAUAUCUCACUAUGGAAGUGUUCUUCCUAGCAUUCUCCAUGCCCUUGAGGAUGCUUCUGAUGAAGUGAAGGAAAAGUCGUACUAUGCCUUGGCUGCAUUUUGUGAGGACAUGGGUUCAGAAAUCCUUCCUUUUCUUGAUCCUCUGAUGGGAAAGCUACUGGCAGCCCUCCAAAACAGUCCCCGUAAUUUGCAAGAAACAUGCAUGUCUGCUAUUGGUUCGGUUGCGGCUGCUGCUGAGCAAGCUUUCAUUCCAUAUGCUGAAAAGAUUCUGGAGUUAAUGAAGACAUUUAUGGUGCUUACAAAGGAUGAGGAUCUUCGUUUACGGGCAAGAGCCACUGAGCUUGUUGGAAUUGUUGCGAUGUCUGUUGGGAGAGUAGGAAUGGAGCCAAUUUUACCCCCUUUCAUAGAAGCUGCAAUUUCUGGUUUUGGGUUGGAGUUUAGUGAGCUUCGGGAGUACACUCAUGGAUUCUUCAGCAAUGUAGCAGAAAUUUUGGAUGAUGGUUUUACAAAGUAUCUUCCACAUGUUGUACCCCUGGCAUUUUCUUCCUGCAACCUUGAUGAUGGGUCUGCUUUUAACAUUGAUGAGUCUGAUGAUGAGAAUACUGGCGGAUUUGGUGGAGUCUCAUCAGACGAUGAAGCUCAUGAUGAACCAAGAGUUCGAAACAUCAGUAUAAGAACAGGAGUGUUGGAUGAAAAAGCAGCUGCAACUCAAGCUCUUGGCUUAUUUGCAUUGCACACCAAGAGUUCUUAUGGACCCUAUCUGGAGGAGUCUUUGAAGUUUUUGGCAAGACAUUCAGGAUAUUUUCAUGAAGAUGUUCGGCUCCAGGCAAUUAUUGCUUUGAAGCAUACUUUGACAGCAGCACAUGCAGUCUUUCUGUGUCAGAAUGAUGGAUCAAUGAAGGCAAAGGAAGUUCUUGAUACAAUAAUGAAAAUACAUAUCAAGACUAUGACUGAUGACGAUGACAAGGAAGUUGUAGCUCAAGCUUGUAUGAAUAUAGUUGACAUCAUCAAGGAUUAUGGUUUCAUAGCAGUAGAGCCUUAUUUGUCUCAGCUUGUUGAUGCUACAUUGACAUUGCUUAGAGAGGAAUCAGCUUGUCAGCAGUCGGACAAUGAUAGUGAUAUUGACGAUGAGGAUGAUUCUGAACAUGAUGAAGUGCUUAUGGAUGCAGUUUCUGACCUUCUACCAGCAUUUGCAAAGUGCAUGGGUCCUCAUUUUGCGCCUAUCUUUGCAAACUUUUUUGAACCUUUGAUGAAAUUUGCGAAAGCUUCACGACCUGCACAAGACCGGACCAUGGUGGUUGCCUGUCUUGCUGAAGUAGCUCAGAACAUGGGUGCUCCAAUUGCAGGCUAUGUUGAUGUAAUUUUGUUGGAAUGUUAAAUUCUAUGGUCACUCUGGUAUAUGCAUGUUUGUUAAGGUAAAUGACCCAGGAUCUUGAUUUAGAAAAAGAAUUACUCGGGGUCUUCAUAGUCGAUUGUCUUCGGUUCAAAAGUUUGUUCUACCCUAGAGGUGGGGAAGACAGUCGCUAUAUAAUAUUCAUAUAUCAUUGAAUCUUCUGUUUAUAUUUCAGAGUUUAAAUGGGUGAUCAGGAUUUUUUUUUUUUUUGCUUUUUGGAAUAACUCUAAAGACUGGCU